CCAGACACACCCAGGAGCGGUGUCCAGUUAUGGAGGUGGGGACACAGGUCCAGAUCCCCGAUGCUCCACAGGCUGCUCCCAAUCAGGCAGGGGCGUAUUGGAAACCGAUGUUGGCGACCCUUGAAACCGUUCAAUAUUUUCAAGACCUGGGCCCGAGAGAGCUGUCAUCAGGUAACGUGGACCUUGACGUCAUUGAGGAGUACCUGCAGGAGCACUCAGUGGAGGUGAUGUCAGGAUUAUGUGUCCAACGGAAAAGUGAAGAGGAGCACGGUAUGGCAGAGAACAGCUGGUCUGGUCGCUAUACAUACGAAUGGAAUUAUGGUGGAACAUCAGGUACAGGCGAGAGACAUGAACAUCAACAACAGCAACAGACGUGGCUUUGUCAGUCCAGUCCCAAUGAAUGGAGACACUGCCAGUAUGACACAAACCAGUGCAGUGAUACAGACUCCCUGUCCUCCAGCUCUGGUUGCCAAGAAUUUCCACCAUCUCCGACCACAGACAGAAAGGGACAGAUUGUGUGUGAUUCCUUGGCUCUGGCACCACUUUCAGGCAAACGGAAAGAACGGCUGUUUCAGUUCUUGUAUGAGAUGCUACAGACACCAGAUAUGAGGAGCUGCAUUUGGUGGGUCCAGUCCAGCAACGGCACUUUCCAGUUCUCCUCCCAGAACAAGGAGAAGCUGGCAGAGAUGUGGGGAAGACGCAAGGGCAACCGCAAGACCAUGACGUACCAGAAAAUGGCUCGAGCUUUAAGAAACUACUCACGAACUGGAGAAAUCUGCAAAGUGAAGCGAAAACUCACCUAUCAGUUCACUGAGAGAACACUGAGAGGGCUUCAGACCACCUCACAAACAUUCAUGACUAAUUAAUGUGACGUCCAUCCACGGAUUCAGUUUUUCUUAACUGGGAAUGUGUAAACGAAUACUGAGUAUUUUGUAGAGGAUGGUUUUGCCUCACUAACAUUCAUGUUCAUUAUGUGAUUUGGGCAUAUGUGCACUGAUCGCAUCCUGGUCUCACAGAACAUUGUUACUAUGAAUACAUUUUUUGCAAAAUUAGUUAAAAGUAUCUCGUUCAACAUAUCGUUGCAAUUUUCCGGUGGAAUAAACACUAGAGGUGCGACAACAGCACUGAGUUAUAUUUACUUUUACACAAAUCACGACUAAAAUAGCAGAUUAACACUCCAUAAACACAUAUUUUUCGCCCUGUUACUCACACAAUGCUUUCUUAUGACAUUGAAACACUUUUAAUAUAACACGUGAUUUCGAAGAUGAUACAUUUGAAUGCUUGUAUCAUAUAACCAACUACAUUUACAAGCUUAGUCAAGCGUGUCAAAGUUGCCAACUGAUAGAGCGUUGGAAUUUGAACGUGGAAACCAGGGAUCGAGUCCAGUAAAGCAUGCGAGUCGACACGUCAGCUGAAAGUAUCAAAGAAACGCCACGAAAUGACGAUGGUUACUUCAGCUAUUGCGUUUUUCAUCUCACAUUUGCUUUAAUUGGGAGAACAUUUAACUUUUAGUGCCCCUCAGUGGACAUUUCACCUCAGAACUGCAUACGUGAAAUUAGCCAUGUAAAUUAAUUUAGCAAAAAUGUUGCCAGAGUCACGUAAUUUUUAUGAGAUCGGGCUGGAUUAUCAAAUUGUGUUUGGUAAUUAAGACUCAAUUAGAAAAAGUGUAAUUUUGAAUAACAUGGAAUCUUAAUUAGAUCAAGUCUGAAAUGUCACUUGAAGGAGCUGAAUUGCUUCUUUAAUAUAUGUAAAUCUGAGGAUUGUUGACUUUUACACUACUACGUUAUAUGUAGUUAUGAAUCCAUUUUGUGUGUUUGUUGUUGUUUUGAUCAAAUGUGUGCCAAGUUUUGUGCUAAUUUUGACUCUUCUAUGUAAUUCAGACACUUCUGAUGUGCCUUAAUAAAUGUAAUACUGUUAAUAAAGUUAAUACUG